AAAACAUACUAGUACCAUAAAAGUUGACACCUCUUCCAGCUUUUCUUCAAUUUUAAAAUUUGGCGAAAGCAUCACUCGCGAUGGUGGUAUCUGAGCGAUACGAAGGCUCUCCUGACUUAACUGGUACAUCAUCUCCUACAUCCUACAUCAUUAUCAUCGUCUUCGACAAUCCAUCAAGUUCAGCGUUCAGCACUAGCUAGCUAAUAGAAAGAAAGAUGGCCAAACAUCAGAAACGGGUGGCUCGCAAGUCCGUGGGUCAAAUGCCUUCCAAAAGUCGCAAAACAUGGUCUUCGGACGAUGACAGUAGCAACGGCAGCAGCGAUAAUUCUUCUCGUACAGAGGACGCAACAACAACUUUUCAAUCUCCCUCGAAAAAGAGGAAAUCUCCAUCCUCGGAACGCAGCAGCGGCUACGUGGUGGAACGAUCUCCCAGUAGCCGCGCCAAAUGUCGAAAGUGUAAACAACCCAUUGACAAGGGAGAAGGCAGAAUCGGGGCUCCCUAUCAAUUAUCCCUUGGAAAACUGCAGUUGAGCAAACACAAGUACUAUCAUAAAGAGUGCUUUCCGACAACCGCGGAAGCCAAGAAAAAGCUAUUCCCCGAUAGUCCGGACCAUGUGGAUGUCAAGCAAGCCAUCAAGAAACGAUUGCGACGUGUCGACCAACAGCAACAAGAGGACCAACACAUUAUCGAAGUCCAACGGGCGACACUGCGAGCGCGAUUGCGCAAGCUGCGAUUGAAAUUGUUUGAAGAACAGGGAGCCAAGGGCGGGAGUGUUGUCAUUCUAUCCCUCAAGGCACUCGAUCAGAUUGUACUGACAUUGCCACAAUCCUUCCACGAGUUGGGACGAAUCAAGGGAAUCGGACCCACCAUGGUCCAAAAAUACGGCAAACCGCUAGUGCGAGAGGUCCGAAGGUUCGUACGGGGAGACAAUACUAGUACUGACGGGGAGGGUGCAAAAAAUGCCAAAAUAUGAUGAUGAUGACGCCGGCGAGGAAACAAUUGAACCAUACUGUAGGCGCAAGCGACAAACAGGUGCAUGAUAGACGUCAGAGAGGAACGGGAUCAGAUUAAUAUGUACCUAUAAACUCGGUUGGACAUUUCUAGUAUGGGUUUUCUCUAAAUUUUCGAAACUUUCAAGCACGACCACAGUUUCGGAUACCUGCAUGCACAACGCAACAGUCGUUUCACUCUGAUAAGCGAC